AAUGAAGAUGCUUGAGGCCGUAAGUUAAAGCCCCCCACCGGAGAAAGGCUGUUCCAGGGCCGGGGGCUGGACCCCAGAGUCCCCUGCCUUGGAGGGGGUGAAGGGCCCUCGCAGGCCCCGGUGAGCCUGGACCAUGGGGGAUGGAGGUGCCUGUGCGGCCGGGGGAGACCGGGUGAACCGCUCCCACGUCCUGUUCGACAGCUUUGUCCAGGCGUCCACCUUCAAAGGCGUUCUUAAGGCGUUCCAGGAGCUGUGCGACCACCUGGAAGUCAAGCCCACCGAGCACAGGAUCUUCUACCACAAGCUCAAGUCCAAGCUCAACUACUGGAAGGCCAAGGCUCUCUGGGCCAAGUUAGACAAGAGGGCCGGCCAAAAGGAGUACAAAAAGGGGCGAGCCUGCGCCAGCUCAAAGUGUCUGAUCAUCGGCGCGGGGCCGUGCGGCUUGCGGACGGCAAUCGAGCUGGGCUUUUUGGGGGCUAAGGUGGUGAUUCUUGAAAAGAGAGACGCUUUCUCCAGGAACAAUGUUCUACAUCUGUGGCCCUUCACCAUCCAAGACCUCAGGGGCCUCGGGGCCAAGAAGUUCUAUGGGAAGUUCUGCGCUGGUGCUAUAGAUCACAUUAGUAUUCGUCAGCUUCAGCUGAUGCUGCUCAAAGUAGCUCUCCUCCUGGGCAUCGAGAUCCACGUCAAUGUCGAGUUUAAAGGCCUCAUCGAGCCACCCGAAGACCAAGAAAGGAUAGGCUGGAGGGCUGAGAUCCACCCCAAGACGCACCCUGUCAGCGAGCUGGAGUUCGAUGUCAUCAUUGGAGCAGAUGGAAGGAGGAACACACUACCAGGCAAGUGUGCAGGCACAGGCCGGAGGAGGGGCUUCACCCGACCGAUGGAGGCGAAGCGCGAACGGCACGACCCGUCAGAUUAUGAUGUCAUUUGUUUACAGCUGCCGUUGGCUGCUGAUCUCACGCUGCUCCCCGUCCGUAUGAAAGAGCGCUUGUGCACAUCUGUGCGCUUUCGGCGCAAAGAGUUCCGGGGCAAGCUGGCCAUCGCCAUCACGGCCAACUUCAUCAACAGGAACACGACGGCGGAGGCAAAGGUCGAGGAGAUCAGCGGCGUCGCCUUCAUCUUCAAUCAGAAGUUUUUUCAAGAUCUCAGAGAAGCGACGGGUAUUGACCUGGAAAAUAUUGUGUACUACAAGGACGACACGCAUUACUUUGUGAUGACUGCCAAAAAACAGAGUCUGCUGGAGAAAGGAGUCAUUCUGCAUGACUACGCAGACACGGAGCUUUUGCUGUCCAGAGCUAAUGUGGAUCAGGCUGCUUUGCUGUCUUACGCACGCGAGGCAGCAGACUUCUCCACCAACCAUCAGCUGCCCACUCUGGACUUUGCCAUCAAUCACUACGGCCAGCCCGACGUAGCCAUGUUCGACUUCACCUGCAUGUACGCCUCAGAGAACGCCGCCAUGGUGCGCCAGCGCCACGGCCACAACCUGCUGGUGGCGCUUGUCGGCGACAGCCUGUUAGAGCCCUUCUGGCCCAUGGGCACCGGCAUCGCCCGAGGUUUCCUGGCAGCCAUGGACUCGGGCUGGAUGGUGAAGAGCUGGGGCCAGGGAAAAACCCCUUUAGAGGUUCUGGCCGAGAGGGAGAGCAUAUACCGGCUCCUGCCUCAGACCACCCCAGAAAAUGUCAGUAAGAACUUCGGUCAGUACAGCGUGGAUCCAACCACCCGGUACCCCAACAUUAGCCUUAACUUCCUCAAGCCUAGUCAGGUGCGACACCUCUUUGACACGGGCGAGUGCAGAGAAAUCCGGGUCGAAAUUGAGAAUGUGAUCAACUCGUCUACACCCAAGCUGGCCAGGAAUGAAUCCAUAGCUCGAUCCAGUAAACUGCUCAACUGGUGCCAGAGACAAACAGAGGGAUACAGGAAUGUUAAUGUCGCUGACCUCACCAUGUCCUGGAAGAGUGGCCUGGCACUGUGUGCCCUCAUUCACCGGUACAGACCGGAUCUCAUUGACUUUGACUCUCUGGACGAGCGAGACCAAGAGAAGAACAAUCAGUUGGCUUUUGACGUGGCAGAGAAGGAAUUUGGCAUCUCGCCAUGCAUGACUGGCAAGGAGAUGUCUUCUGUGGUGGAGCCAGACAAGCUCUCUAUGGUCAUGUACCUCAGCCAGUUUUAUGAGAUGUUUAGGGACACAGUGCCCCCUGGAGAUAAACACAACAUGAGUCCAGAGGAGAAGGCAGCGCUGAUAAACAGCACCAAGUCUCCCAUCUCCUUCCUUAGCAAGCUGGGUCAGAGCAUAGCCAUCUCUAGGAAGCGAAACCCAAAGGAGGAGGUAUCUAGGACAGGUCUUGACGACAGGCCGCCUGCCCCUGCUAACCUUUCGGAGAGGAAGAUGGACUCCGCUGCGGUAGGGAACAACAACAAAGUGAAGGUCAUGGCCACCCAGCUGCUCGCCAAGUUUGAAGAGAACGCUCCUGCCCAGCCCACAGGACUAAAACGACAGGCGGCCUCAUGGAGCUGGCAGGGCUCGGUGGGAUCGGGUGGUUUGCAGAGCUUUAGUCUGCUUCCUUCUGUGGAGCAGUGGGAGGAGGACACACUGGACAGUGUUUAUGAUGGAGAAAGGCAACUCUCAGGGGACUCUCUGCCCAAUCUGGACCGCCUUUUGCCCCUCGCUUCACCACAGGCCCCCGUCAGUGAGCCAGUGCGCCUGGCACCAGUGCCAGCAUGGAGAAAGAGACGCACACAGCAGCAGCAAAAGCUGAGCAUGCGGUACAAAGAAAUGGUCAAGUGUCAGACUCUGCCCAACAGAGGGGAACAGGCCAGGAGUGGUGCAGAGCACGCGUCCAUCACGGGCUCUCGGAGCUGCCCAAAGAAAACCAUUCUGCUCCCUUCUUCUUCCUCCACCUCCUCGCUCUCGCUUCACUCCGAGAGCAUCCAUCCAGAGGAGGAUGAGCUGGAAUACUACGAAAGGCCUCUCACCCACGGGGAGUGGAGCCCACAGGACCCAGCUGACCCAGGACCUAUUCAUAUACCUGGUAUAAAGGAGAGGGCAGACCGCCUCAUCUCCAGGUUUAAGGGCAAACCUGACAAGCCCCCAAAGCCGAAGAAAAAGCCAUCGCGUUUCUUUGUCGAGCAAUGGUACUUGUCCCGAGGCCUGAGUCCCGGCUCGCCGCUGUCCUCCCCGGACGCUCCCAGAAAGGAGCCGGCGAGGCCUCAGGACACCGGCCAAAUGCCUAUAUACGUGCUUAGUAUUCAGGAGAGGGCUGAACAACUUGCCUCUCAACUGGAGGGCAAGCCAGCCAGACCACAGUGGCACCUGGCCCGAGCCCAAAGCCCCCCCAGUUCUCCCCCCUCCACCUCUGACACCCCCAGAGAGCGCUAUGUGAGGAUGUACACAGGGGGAGUGAGCUCAUUGGCUGAGCAGAUAGCCAGUCAGCUUCAACCCCAGGAAGACUCCAAGCCCACCCAUGUACCUGAGAAGAGGGAUUUGGGCUCCCUCAGAAAAGAGUUCCCCGUCAACAUCGGAGGCAGCGACGUCUGCUUCUUCUGCCGGAAGCGCGUGUACGUGAUGGAGAGGCUGAGCGCAGAGGGGAAGUUCUUCCACCGCAGCUGCUUCAAGUGCGACUACUGUGGCACAACGCUACGGCUAUCCUCCUACGCCUUUGACGUAGAGGACGGGAAAUUUUACUGCAAGCCUCACUACUGUUACCGUCUGUCCGGCUAUGCCCAGAGAAAGAGGCCUGCGCCCUCCCCUGCUCCAGGCUCAGCCAAGGAGAACCAGUCGCCUCAGACUCCCACGGUGACCGUCGAUGCCCCCGGAAGGGCGAUGGCUGCGGCAGCUCCUUCGGCUGAGCUCCAACCCUCAGGUACCCGAUUUUCCUCUGUAGACGUGGCGGCGGUGCCCUGGCGCCUGGCCAUGGGUGUGGGACUCCCGCUGUGUACCCUCCGCCGCACAUUCUCCUGGACCUGCCACCAGGUGGCGCACAACCCCCUAGAUUCUCCCUUCCUGUGCACCUACUGCAUCUACAUCUUCUGCUGUUUCACCAUCAAUCUGAUUCUCAGAUACAUUUUCUGCUUUUUCCCUCCCCUUUUCGGCGUUGUUACCUGCGACUCGCUGCCAACCCCAUGUGUCUUCACCUGGGCCUGUCCGCGCCCCUCAUCGACAACAGUACCAGAAUUCAACGGCUUGCCGGAGCCCAGUUUGGCCAAACGCCUGCGGGGAACUCCAGAGCGCAUCGAGUUGGAGAACUACCGGCUGUCCCUGCAGAAGGAGGAGGAGCUGGAGGAGGUGCCUGAGGAGACGCUGGCGGAGCACAACCUCAGCAGCGUGCUGGACAAGGCCACAGACGCCGACUUGGGCUCCAGGUUUACUUUCAUUGACGUGCCCUCGCUCUUCGACUGCUUUUUCCCCGACAGUAGCUCAGAGUCCGACAUGGAGGAGGAGGACGAGCAGGAGGACCAGGAGGAGGUCGAGGACCAAGAGGAGGUCGAGGGGGAGGAGCAGCUCCCCAGCCCUUCGGACCUCGGCGGCGUCCCCUGGAAGGACGCGGUGGAGCUCCACGCCAAACUGCGAGGCGACGAGGCGGAGGGCGAGGAUCUGGCCGACGCCGCCAGCAGGGACGGAGAUGUGGAUGAAGAGGUGGAGGAGGAGGAGGAGGAGGAGGAGGGAGAUGAGGAAGAGGAGGAAGAAUCCAGUGAUGAGGGGAAUUACAGCCCCUGGGACAGGGAGCUCCAGUCAGGCCUUUGGCUGGAGAAGUACCUUUCAGACGAGGAGGAUCAAGCCCUGCAUCCUGUGGAUCCCCAUGCCAUUCCAGGUUUGGUGAGAACACUCCCGGACUCUGUGGGGGACCAGGAUGGCCCACUGGCCUCGGCCCUCCAUCUUACCCAGCCUUCUGAGCUUAUGCAGCCCUCCUCCACAGAACUCUGCGAAGAUGAAGAACUGGAGGCUGAAGCAGACAGUCAAGAUAUGGAGCCUGGUACCGAAUUGGAUCAGGAAGACAUCCCUUCAGAUGCGGAGGCCGAGGCUCGUUUGCACGAAUCGGUGUACCAAGAAGUCCCUCCAGAGGAGGAAAAGGAAGAAGAAAGCCUGGCCAUAGCCUCUAGUAUUGGUACAUAUCGCAAAACCCGUCCUAAAAAUCUAACUCCCGUGAAGUCUCCCGGCAACCGCUUUUUCGCAGAUCCCUCCCUCCCUGAGGAACAGAUGCCUGAGAGAGCAGCUGUGCCUCCGGCUGUCAGAAGCCCACGGAGCCCGUCCCCCGCUCCGGCUCCAUUUUCUCCGUCUGUCCCAUCUCCCGCCACGGUUACCGCUUCCCCCGUCAAGCCCCCCGCCCCCGCCUCUCCUGCCGCAACCACCACCGCCUCACCCGUCCCCUCUCCGGUGAAACCAGCCACCGAGUCACCUGUCAAAUCACCUGUCAGGUCUCCAGUUAGCUCUCCCAUCCGCUCCCAGCCCGCCCCCCUUCCAGAGACUCGCAAACCCAAAUCUCCAGUCUACCCGCACCGCUCCAUUUGCCCUCUCACGGGGAACCCCCUCUCCCCGAUCUGUGCCCAGCCUCUGCCCUGCCACGAGCCCUCGUCCCCGCUCGUGUCCGACUCCCCCGUCAGAACUCAGCCCGUCCCCGCGGUGGCCUCCACCCCCAUGACCCAAGCAGACAGGGCCGCAUCCGAGGAUGCAUCAAAGUCCUCAGAUUCCUCAACGGAGGAUACCCCGUCAAAAAAGGCCGAUCUCAUCGAGGAGUUUUGGUUGAAGAGCGCUGAGAUAAGGAAGAGCCUCGGCCUGACUCCUCUGGACCGCAGCAGCAAAAUCUUGGAGAGGAGCCCUGUGAAGACGCCGCCUCAGGAGCUCAGCCCCGCUUGGACCAAGUCACCGGACGCGCCUGAGGAGCAGAAGCCCGCCUUUACGGGCCGCGCCGUCAUCCGCAGGCUCAACAUCACGCUCGAGGGCCAGGUCAUCACUCCUCUCACCUCCGCCGAGAGCAAAAACGACAGCUCCUACAAACGGGACCUGAGCAGCAGCUCGGGCCUGGGCUUGAAUGGAAGCAUGGCGACGGGCCAAACGGCGAACAGCGACAGCUACAGCACAUCUGACUCCACUAUGCUCACCCCGCCCUCCAGCCCGCCGCCACCUGUGCCUGCUAAUCAGUCCCCAGCUGUGCUCCGGCAGCAGAGACACCAGGUGCCCUGGAGCAACGGAACAGAAACCCCCCCGUCGGAGCGUGCCAAAGAGCCGGCGAAAACCAGGACUCCCGUUCCGACACCCAGGACUCAGCUGAGCCCCGUGUCUGUGCCCAAACCCGCACCCAGGAAGGUCUCCUCCCCUCAGGCAGCUCCAGAGACCCCCCCGGUUGUUGUGAUGAGGGAAAAGAAGAAGCCUCGUCAGGAGGACGUCCGAAAGUCCUUCGUGGAGACGGUCGAGGAGAUUCCGUUUGCUGACGACGUGGAAGAGAUUUAUGAUGAGAGAACGCCAGAAACGAGCAUGAACAAAUAUUACACUCCGCCCACCAGCAAGCCCUGCAAACCUCCCCUACAUCUGGCACUGGCAAUGGGAAAUGGGAAACCCAAUAUCCCAGGCAGCGCCGUUUCCAAGAACCAGAGAGCAACUCAGUUCUCUCCAGAGGCCAAGGAGAUCGCAGAGGAGAGAAUGAGGGCCAGGGAAAAGUCGAUCAAGAGCCAGGCUCUGAAAGACGCCAUGGCCAAGCAGCUGAACAAGAUGAAAGACUCCGACAUAGACAAGGGUGCCUCACCUAAGGUGGCCUGGGGUGCAGCCCCAGAUUCAGCUGGAAAAGCGAAGAAGUCCGCCGGAUCUCCAAAGACGUCGGCCGUGAAAUCUCUGGAGUCGAAGAGGCAAGAGGUCACGCCGGAGCGUUUCUUCAGCGGCAACAAGAGCGUGGACAGCUCGGUGGCCUCCUCGGACGGCUCCACCACAAGUAAAAGCAAGAAGCGAAGCUCCCUCUUCUCACCCCGCAAGAAUAAGAAGGAGAAGAAGGCCAAGAAUGACAGCAGCAGAAACUCGGGUGCAGAGGAGACGCCGCCCAAACACAAGUCCCUGUGGAAGGCGGUCUUCUCAGGAUACAAGAAGGACAAGAAGAAGAAGGACAACAAGUCAUGUCCGAGCACACCGUCGUCCAGCUCCACCACUCAGGACUCUGGGAAGAAGAAAAUGUCCCCGCUUGGGAGAUCCUCAGACUUGAAAUCGCACAGAAACUUGAGCUUCUCAGAGGACUCGGACCUGUCCUGCGAUGAUGUCCUGGAGAGAUCAUCCCAGAAGUCAAAGGCAGAUCGGCAUACGGACAUCUUUGACCUAGUGUCAGGCAUGCAGAAGGAGGCGGUAAAGGAGGAGAAACUGGAAAAGGAAAGAAGGAGGGAGUUAAAGCAAAAAAAAGGGGUGAAAGAGAGACCAAAAGAAAGGGAGCGGGAAAAGGAGGUUGACCGAGACAAGGAGAAAAACAACAAGGAGAAAACCUACACGGAGGAGGAGCUGAAUGCCAAGCUGACACGCAGAGUCCAGAAAGCUGCACGGCGGCAGGCCAAACAGGAAGAGCUCAAGAGGCUGCAUAGAGCCCAGAUAAUCCAGAGACAGUUGGAGCAGGUGGAGGAAAAACAGAGGCAACUGGAGGAGAGGGGUGUCGCUGUGGAGAAAGCACUGAGAGGAGAAGCAGGCAUCGCCUCCAUGCCAGUGUCGUCGCUCAGCAACAAAGAGGAAAAGUUGAGCCCUUUGUGGAGAUGCCCCGCCGAAGACCGCUCUCCUUCUGUCCCUGCUGUUCCCCUGAAGGCAGACUUAAUAGAGGAGUGUGAACUUCGCUAUUGGUCUCUUCGAAACCCGCCACCCCCACGCCACCUCCUGCCUGCCAUCGUAAAGUAUGGCACGAGUGGCCGCGGGGAGUCCAUUCCUUCCACCCCACCAUCCCUCAGCAAAGGCAUCGGGGCUUGGCUGUCAUUGUGCCUGUGUGGGUCCGUGUCCGCCGAGGCCCCGCAGCACCGGCCACCUCUCACUCGCAAAUCUGGACUUCCUCGUAUGGGCAAGAAGGACGACCCCAAGCUAAUGCAAGAGUGGUUCAAACUGGUGCAGGAGAAGAACGCCCUGGUCCGCUACGAGUCGGAGCUCAUGAUAUUUGCCAGAGAGCUGGAGCUGGAGGACCGGCAGAGUCGGCUGCAGCAGGAGCUCAGGGAGCGAAUGGCCGUGGAAGACCACCUGAAAAACGAGAAGGAGCUGGCCCAGGAGAAGCAGAUCCUGAAUGAGAUGCUGGAGGUGGUGGAGCAGCGCGACGCCCUGGUGGCGCUCCUGGAGGAGCAGAGGCUGCGGGAGAAGGAGGAGGACAAGGACCUGGAGGCCGUCAUGCUCUCCAAGGGAUUCAACCUCAACUGGGCCUAGCCCGGGCCUCGCCGCCCGCUCCUCAGGGAGAAGAGCGGGAGCCGUCCGAGGCACCUCUCGGCGUCGCACAGCCGUCUUCGAUUGGGAUUCGUCUUCUGAACGCCGACACAGGCUGUUGGUCUCAAACCGUCACACCUACAGCAGUGAAUGUGUAAAAAAAAAACGACGACGCCCACGCGGACGCAUGCGGUCGGCAGCGUUUACAUAUCCUCUGCCGAGCGGCACUCCGAGUUAAUCAAUCUGGAGUUUCGCCCGCUCUCCUUCUGAGUGGGAGGAGAGGAGAGUACAGUUUCACAACUUUAUCAGCCCGGCCUUGAAGUGGAUUCUUCCAGGCAAGAAGGCAAGGUGUAAAAACUUCACUCUGGAUUAUGUAAAGGGAAAAAUGCAGUUCAGUCCUGCUGAUGUCAAGGAAUUGUAAGAUAAGUGUGUCUCGUGUAUAGCUGUUGAAUAAGUCGCAUUUCAAGCAGAUGAGUCUUCUCUUUUCCACAAAGACUGCUAUGGGACUCGCACCGUUUUUCAACCCUUUUAGUCUCACUAUAGGACCGACAUCAUCUUCUGAAGUUGCCUGUUCCCCACUUAAGUAUCCAAAUUAACAAUGAUAGGAAAGGCUCUCUUCCCCUGUUUCAUCAAACUCAUCAUUGAGUGUCUCAACACUAAGAAUUGAUCAAUUAUGGCCAUGUGAGUUUUUUUUUUAAUGUAUUUGUUUUUCUUUGCUUUUGCUUUACACAGAUUAUUUUUUUUAAUGCAUCCUGAAUCUCAUGGUCUUGCACUUGUGCUAAACUCUCAUUCCCUCCCAAGCCAUUACACAAUGGCUGCACACACCGCAACGAGUCAGAGAUCUUCACUUUUCUUUUUGGCAUUUCAUGUGACUUGAUAAUGAUGGUUAACGUUUACAAAUGCUUGUUCAAUGUUCCUGGUGUCAGAUCUCAUUAUAUUACUGUUGUUAAUAUACACACUACACUUGCACAACAAUAUAUAUAGCAGUGUUAAUAUUUUACCCUUGAACAAGAUGCCUUUGUCAUUUUCACUCUCCACGUUUUUGUUCUACUUUAUGCAUUUUGUCGUUUCUGAUGUCGUCACAUCAGUGAGUCCCUCCCGACUUUGGGAAUUUUCCUUUUUUUCCCCUCUUUUUUUUAAGCAUGACCCCACAGUGAAAAAUGGGGUUGCUGUGGAAUCCCACUUUAAUUUAUCAUCAAAUAUUAUGGGUCAUUCGGCGGGCAGAUCUAACAGCCUUUUCUGCUAACUGUAAAAAAGAAAAGAAAAACAUCCUGAUGGCCACUGUUUUACAGCACAGAGGAUAUUUAUGAUGGGAGGUGGGAGAGCCGUGGAAAAAAAAGUUACAUGGUUUUAAAGCGUGUGGUUUUAGAUGGUGUGUGAUAAGUUUGACAUGAUUGUAUUGAUAUUUAUUAACCUGUGUGCAAAUUGUAUCAUAUGUAAAGAAAAUGAAUCCUAAUUUUUAAACUGUUCCGUUGACACAUGACUCGUAAUGUAAAUGCUUCAUGUAGCUUAAAGACUUAGGGGGUGUUGGAUGUAUGCUGAAAUGGCAAUAAAACAAUGCAGUUCUUUUACAUAUUUGUUCAAAACUCUCACUUUUUUUAUUCGGUUGUGGUUACUUUAAGAUUUGGCUUUAGAGCCAGCUUUUUUUCUCCCCGAGCCAUUUGAAGAUGGAAUU